GAUUCCUUUUAUAUGAUAAUUAAGAAUGUCCUUAAUUUUCUAAAGAAAAGAAAAAACUAAAAGAAAAUAGAACAAAAACCCCUAAAACAUGUCACAGAUCGAAACAGAUGAGCCAAAUAAGGCCACAACAGAAGUUAUUCCCAUCGAUGAUGAGGACUUAGAAGAUGGUGAAAUCGAUGAUAGUGAUGAAGAGACGGCGGCAAAAGAUGAUGAAGAUGUUGUUAUAGUAUCCACUACGCAAGCUAAUAAUGAUGAUAAGAAAACUAAUAAAAAGAAUACAAACGCUAGCAAUAAUACAACAACUAACAAUAUAGAAACAACAACAUCAUCAAUAGUUACCGUCAUAGAUUCCUCUAGCGAUACAGCACCCACACCACCACCACCACUAUCUAAUAAUGUAAAUCUUAUAAAAUCGAAAAAACCUACUCCUAUAGAAGAUGAUCAUGCGAGUAGUAUUGAAAAUGCCAUAGCAAUGGCUUUAAAGAAAAAGGGUAUAGAACCAACAAUACCAAAAGUAUUGGAAAGUAAAUUACAGCAUGGUGAUGAAAAAGAUGAUGUGCCAGCACCGGGUCAGGGUCAGAGUAAGAGUAGUCGUCGACGUAAGCGUAAAAAGGAGAAGGAAAAGGAACGUAAGGAGAAGAAAAAACGUUAUGACUCCACGGAUCCCUUGGGUCCACCACCACUCGAGGAUGAAGUCGAUAUGGAUGAAUAUGAAAUGAUGAAUGUACGAGGCGGUAGUCCACCUCCCAUGGCAGCCCUACCAACAACAAAUACACAAACCAACAUGCAUAUGUAUAAAGAUCAAUAUGAUUCGGAGGAUGAUACGGGUGGCUCCUCCUAUGACAGCUAUGACAGUGAGGGCGAUGAUAGCAAUAGCGAAAGACGUAGACGUAAACGUAAAAAAGAAUCACGUAAACGUAAGGAGAAACGUCAACGUGAAGAUGAUAAAAGACACGAUAAACGUAGUCGCCGCGAUUCGAUGGAUCAUCGUAAUGAACCUAGAAAAUUGGAAUUGUGUAAAUUUUAUCUUAUGGAAUGUUGCGCCAAAAAGGACAAAUGCUCGUAUAUGCAUGCCGACUUUCCUUGUAAAUACUAUUAUCUGGGCAUGGAAUGUGUACAGAAGGAGGAAUGUAAAUUCUCUCACGGCAAACCAUUAUCGGAAGAAUUACGGAAUAUAUUGUUGAAACAUUUAGAAACAGCACCAAAAGAGAUUUUGGGCAAUUUUAAACGUUUGUCGCGAGAGAAUUCUCUAGCUAUGGUGACUAAACGUCAUGAGGAAUUGUGUCGUACAUUUAAUGUGCAAAAUGUUUGGGCACCAUGUACGGCCAGCUCAUUGCCCAUACACAGUAAUCGUCGUAAUAAUAAUAUGAAUAAUAAAAACAAUAAUAACAACAAUGAUCAGCAGCAUCAUAAUAAACAGCAACAACAACAACAAAAUACCAAUAACAGUGGUAUACCGUCAUUACUGGAUUUGGUAGUAAAUCCACCACCUAAUAUGGAUACAGCGAAUAAUAAGACAACAGGUGGCGGCGGUGGCGAACAAAACAAACGCAAGUCCAGAUGGGCAGAUAAUAUGAAUACUCCCGCAUUGAAUAAUAUCAAUAAUCAAAUGUCUAUACAACCACCUUCCAAGACAGCACCGGCAUAUUUGGAUUUGAAAAAUCUUCAUGGUAUUUUAAGUGCCGAACAUAUAGAUAAACUCCAGCAAUUGGGUGUAGUCAAUUUGGAACAGGUUAAUCAAUUAACAUUCGGGCAACUAAAUCAAAUUGGCUUAACAAUAGCCGAGAUAACAGAGAUUCAAUUGAAUGCCAUUAAUAUGGCCAAAUUGGGAGUAACAACAACGGGUGGCAGCAUGGCGCCAGGUAAUGCGGCAACUGUUAGUAGUAGUACAAGUCAGCAGAGUCCUUUGAAAACAACAGCAACAACAACAACGAAACCAGUUGAUAGUUUUGCUAAUCUUAAUAAGGAGUCAAGUUCCUCUAGUAAUGGUGAUGUAGACAUGCGUUUCCUACCCACAGUAUCAACCACUACAGUUGCAACUUCAAGCUCAGCAUCUACAUCAGCUGCGGGUCCCGAUAAGGAUGUCUUAACGUCUUCCAAUUCGAAUAGCAGCAGUGGUGUUGUUAUGGUGGACUAUUCACAAUAUCUAAAAGACUCAAAUAUCUCCUUCGAUAGAGGAGAUAUGUAUGAUGAUGAAAAAGAUGAAGAACAAUUGGUUAUAGAUGAUGAUAAUACCGAUAAUGAGGAACAUCAUAAAUCAACGGAGUCAUUGGUGCAAGACACACAGGAAAAGAAAUUACCCAGCGACUCCUCGUAUGACAAUGGUUUUGCUGCCCAACUACCCGCUAUGACAGGAUUAACACAAACCUUUCGCAAUCCGUUUAAAACCGAUACCAAUCUCUACGAUGCUGAGAGAACAAACUCUAGAGAUGAUAAACAUGCUACUGACAAGCUUUUAGGCGGUCCUCGUGAUAGAAGCCCAGAGGAUGAGAGAGAUCAAGAUGUAAUGGGAGGUUUCUAUAGCUCUUCGGCAAGAAGAAGAUAUUCACGAGAAAGUCGUUCUCGUUCAAGAACACCCACACGCUCACAAUCAAAUACUCCCGAAGCCUCACAAUCGCCACAGCCUUUGGCCUCACUGGGCGCCGAAGAGUGCCAGAUCAAGGAUGUGGUCUACGAGCGCAGCACAAUGUAUGAUUUUAGCUCACGUUUUGCCGAGGAAGACGAACAGAGAGCCUUAAAGACUAAAAUGGAUAAAGAUAUGAGAUUUUUACCGGCUGGCUUGGGUGCCGAUGCCUCAGCUAGUGAUAUAGACUUGCGUUUACCCUUCCAGCCCAUGACCAAUUAUACACCAGCCACAGAAAUAGAUGGUUCUAUAACCUCACACUUGCCCAUUACGUAUAAAGUGUAUGAAGUGGAUGUGCCGCGUCCGGUGUAUGUAGAACUGAGACAGCAUUUUAAAUCGGAUCAUGCUACCGAUCCUAGACUGCGGCGAAUUUUGGGUUUGCCAGAGCUGUCACAAUCGAAAACUUCAGCGGCUUUAAGUAGAAAAGUGCGCAAGACGAGCCACAGCAGUAGUAUAGCCUCACCCUCGGAGUCGGAAGAAGCCUCACCUAAAUACUAUACACCUCCUGCUAAUAGGGAAGUAGAGGAAAAACCCAAAAGCCGGGCGGAUCCACGAGGAGAUCCUAGAGCGGCGGCAGCAGCGGAGACUAGAACAGAUCCUAGAAGUGAGACAAGAACAGAAACACGUACAGAUCCCCGUUCCGAUCCCAGACGUCAAGAUCCACGCAGUGCUGCCACGGCCAAUGCCUCAAAUUCCAACUCCAUUGCUAGUGGCAGUUCUAAUGCUGCUGGGGGACAAAAACAAAAUGUAGAAAUACGUAAUCUUUUGCAAAAAUCCGAAUGGUAUAAGAAUCUUAAUUCCAAAUUCAAAAUAAUGGUUAAUCAACAGCUGGCCUUGGUUUCUACGGAAUUGAAAAAGUUUCAUCAGGAUCCUUCGCCCAAUAAAAUCUUUGACAUUUCGUUUAUAGUUAAUAACCAGACACUGCAACAGAUCUUAACCAAUUUGGGCAUUUAUAUCGAUGAUAAUGGUGAGGUGGCUCACAUAGAUAAUGAUAAUGAAGAGUUAAUGGACUCUGGAUCAGAUAUGAUGGGUGCGGGUAAUCUAAAGUCUAAUAUAAAUUUACCCAAUAUGUCUCAACCUCCCCCGAAUGUGGGUCCGGGUGGUAUGCAACAAAAUAAUCCUGCCUUAGAUUUCCUGAGAGCACCACCACCCAUGGUAGUGGCUCAGGGACCACCGCCCAUUGCCUUGGGACCCAUGUUUCAAAGACCACCCAUGCAGGUGCAAGGUUUUGCCCGUCCCUCUCUAUUGGGUAUGGCUCCGGCUGGCCAGGGUAAUCCUCUAAAUCCUUUUGCCAAUCCUUUGAAUAUAAAUCCCAAUUUCUUGGCAAAUCCUAAUCUUUUAGGUGGUCCCUUUGGACCGAAUUUUGGUCCUAACAUGGGCAUGGGACCCAAUAUGCAGCAACAACAGCAACAGCGUAAUUUCAAUAACAAUCAACGUAAUAAUCAGCGUAAUAAUAGAAGAAAAAUUUAGCAUACGGACUAUAAUGCUAACAAUAAACCUGAACCUGAUCCUCCUCCACCUCCAACUACUCCUCCUCCUCCUAUAAACUUACAAAAACCUCCGCCUCCACCUACGCCCUCUACUUCAACUCCUACUCCUUUAGAAGCUGCUUCAAUGGCUUCUAAAUAGUUUAAC